UUAAAAAGACCCUCGUUUUUCAUCUUCACGACAAAAACUAACAAAUGCCUUCAUCACAGUAUUGUGUAGAUUUCCCCCCAGGACCAAAACGCCAGGCAAGCAGGCAAUAUGGAGGUGAAAAACGCUAACGCUGCUAUGCUCAGCAACUAUGAGGUGUUCAGACUGCUUACUGACCUCAAGGAACAGAAGAAGGAUAGCGGCAAGAGCAAACACAGCGCCGGACAGCAGAAUCUCAACACCAUCAUGUAUGAGACGCUGAAGUACUUAUCUAAGACCCCGUGCAGUCGCCAGGGUCCCGAGAUGGUCCAAGCCUUUCUUUCCACCAUGAUGCAUCACAAACUCACAAAGGCUGAGAAGCUGCAGCUACUGAACCACAGACCGCAGACUGCAGUGGAGAUGCAGCUUAUGGUGGAAGAGAGCGAGGAGCGUUUCUCAGAGGAGCAGAUUGACGAGCUCAUCCAAACCAUCUCCCAACUUCUGCCCGGCGAUCCAGAGCAGGAAGUUACAGCGAACGCCGACGCGUAGAUGGCUUGAGUGUUAACUCUGAGUGCUUCCCGUCUCGGUCAACAAGUGUUUUUAGGAGGCUGAAUGAAUACAAUGCAACCACAAAGGAAGUUAAGCUUAUAACUGGUUUGCAGUUCCUGUGGUACUGUUGCGUCAUUUCCUGUUUUCACAAGGCAACAUUGUGAGGCAAUGUAACUGUUGCGCCACGAUUUCAAGGAGCAAGUCCUUUCUCCUCUUCUCAUAGAGAUACUUGAUUCAUUCUGGGCUACGUUUUACACGUGGCUCGAGUCUGGGGUGCCGGUUCCAAACAUCAUUGGGCCAGACACCUGCGGAUGAUUAACAAGUUUUAUGCCUUGCACAUGUUUCUAUGUUUUAUGAUAUUUUGUGUUUGGAGCAGUUUUUUUCUGUGCAAAUAGUACAAUUAUUCCCACAAUUUUAUAAGGCAAUUUUUUGUGUUCCUUUUGCUACUGUUACGUAGGAGUAUAUUCUUGAUUCAGGUAUACUACGGCUGCUGCAAACAAUUUAUUGCAAUGAGUCGUAUAAAAAUCAUGUGCUGUUAUAUUACUCUGGGCUUUACAUUUUUGCUAGAAUCCUGCAUUAGAAGAAAAAAAAACUAUGCCAUGUGACUAACAAUCAUUUUCAUUAGAAAAGCAGAUGUUUGCAAAUAUCUCAUUUUGAUGAAUGAUGAUCUGCUUUCAUCAAGGACUAGAGAAAACAAUACUUUUUUUUAAAUGUAAAAAUAUAAACUAAAGAAUAUUUUUUAGUAUUAACCAUUUUCCUUUUGUGUUUUAACCCUUUCAGGGGCAUUCAAAAGUUGACACGUAUAGAUCAAGUGAGUAUUUUUGGUCAUUUAAAAAACUUAAAUUUUAGCAGUUAGAUUUAUUUUUUAAUCCAUAUUGUAUUUUUUAUAUUUUGCAAUUAUAAAUUAAUAAAAUGUAAAUAAAAACUAAUGAAAGGAAUAAAAGCACACACUGGUUACGGCCCAAGUAACACUGUUAUUCUUUAUACACUGUAAUAGUAUUUAACUCCUUGCAUGCCAUUUAUGGCGAUAGACGUCCAAUUAAUUUUAACCGGGAAGAUGGGCUGUGAAUGUUCAUCUUUCAGUGCCAUUGACUGGUUGAUGGCCAAUCCACUUUGACUGGGAAGGGCAAAUGAACGUCUAGCGACAUCAAUGGCAGCCAGUGAGUUAAAAUGAGUAGGGUUAAAAAAAAUUAAAGUAGUGCAUGGAAGUGUGCAUUUAAAAAAAUCCCCUUUUAUUAAAUGUUAUUGCACACAAAACUAAAAAAAAAAUUUUGUUUCUCUGAGACUCAAAGCUUUUCGAGCCAGAAAAAUAACAUUUUGGGGAGACAAUUUGCAAAUUCCACACAGAAAGACCAAGAAUUGAACCCUGGACCCCACAACUGUGAGGCAGCGCUUCCAGAACAAACACAUGUCUUUAAUUCCUGAAAAAUUUGGUCACAAGUAGCUAUUGGCUGCAAACGCACAACACCGAACUCGUGUCCUCAGCAGGCAUUUCCAGUAAAAAUGUUUGCUUUGACAACCGGCUAGAAAGCGUGGCAUUUGCCACGACAAAAGGCAAUCAUUUUUAUCGAUCUACCAUCAUUUGCAUCACUUCCUUGGUGAUUGUCCAGCCAUCUGUUGGUACAAAUCAAUCAUUUAUUAUUUAUUGACGUGUAUUAUUUAGUCUGACUCAUCUGGGCACACACUGUGCGUAUGUGCGUCCAACGCUCACUUUGGGUCAGGGGUGUCAAACUCAUCUUCGUCAUGGGCUACUAAAUUGUAGUGAUGGUUUUCUUAGGAGGGCCAUUAUGUUGGUCAGCCUAUAUAAAUAUUUUAACUCAUUUGGCUGCAACUGACAGUGGUAGACAUCCAAUGCAUUUUGGCUGCACCUAAGUCUGCCAUGAUUAAUCGAUUCAUCAACUGGCAAAUGAAUGAUAAUCCAGUUUGAUCGUCAACAAACUGUUUAGAGACAUUUAACAUGAAAAUUAUCCAAAUCCUUUUUUUGAGCCAUAUUUUCUCUAACCUAUUUUUAUUUCCCUCAAACAAGAUGUAGGAAUUAUAUCCUACACUCCGCUUCAGUCAGUCGGAGUUAUUCUCAAAACACGUAGCGAUCCAACGCCGGAUUUAGGUUGAAAAAGUACGAAAGCUGUACAGCAUACAAACAGGAAGGAUUGUCUCAGGAGUAAUUUGUUUGAGGAUUCAAGGUAUUUUCAUAUUCGAA